AUGAAUCUUUUCAAUGAGACUGGUGAUUUGCUUAGGGCGCUGAACCGGUUUGCAGAGAAUAAAGACAACUGGGCAGUGAAGCCGCUCAUUGCCGUUACAAAGCUUCUAAUAUCGAGGGCUGUCGAGGCGGACAACUAUAUGCUGAACAAUCCAAAUGAGUUCAACGCUAAGGCUGUUGGUGAUUUCGAAGUUGAACGCUGUUUGACGAAAGCUGCCCGUAUCAUCCAUAAUUCGUUUAAGCUAUGUCUAAACGAUAGAAAUGAGGAUGACCAGUUGACCAGAAGGAAAUACACGUAUUUCUUCGUGGCACAUGAGCUAAAGAUCUACUACAAGUUACAGAACCGUGAUCUUGCUAAGAACAUGGAGAAAGUUCUUGUGAGUUUGAAGAGAAAUCUACCAGAUCUGAUGAACAUUGAAAAAAGCCAUGCAGUGACAUACCUGUACUACUCUGGAAUCAUCUUUUGCGGUGAUGGUGAUUUCAUCACCGCGUAUAAGAAGUUCAAAUUGGCCUAUCAACUUUGCAAUAAGAAAGAUGACAAACAUGCUGAGGCCAUUUUGCUCUACCUGAUCCCCUUAAAGUUUGUCGUUACGAGGCAGUACCCAGACUUUGCUAAAUUUGCAAAGAGACUGUCAGUGUAUUCGAUAUACAAGGCAUUGUUCGAGAGUGUCGUCAGUGGUGAUUUGAGCAAAUUUGAUAAAGAGUUUGAUGAGUUGGAGAUCUUCUUCUUGAAGAAGAACUUAUACUUCGCCAUUGAAACGAUGAGACAGUACGUGAUUUUGAAGUUAAUUAAGCGUAUUCAUCUCAUCACAGGUUCACCGUUGCAUCUUUCCAUUAGAGCUCUCACCGCAGGAUUUGAAGUCUCUCUGUACCACAACGAUACAAGAAACGUUACCAAUUUCUCAUCUGACGAGACAGAGUGUCUAAUGGCCAAUCUGAUCUACGAAGGCCAUAUCAAGGGCUACCUCUCGCAUUCUAAUGGAGUCUGCGUGUUAAGCAAGAAGGAUCCAUUCCCAAAACAAGUUAGGGCUGACCUAUGA